AUGAACUCUCUGGUGAUUAGCGUCCAUGAUGGCCAUUUCAACCUACAGCUAGACGCGCUCAAUGUCUUCACUUUCCGACGAACAGAAAUCGGGCCGAUACUGUCCCUGUCUAUUGAUGGGAAAAAGUUGCCUAAAGUAUACGCUUACCGUGACCUCCAACGGAAGCCGAGCAAGAACUGGAACCCCUCCGCCAUCAAGUCAAUCGAUGGCAAAGAUGCAGUGUCAUGGCUGAGACAGCUUUCAUACAGCGGGACUUCUCAAGAUCCCGAUGCGCUCUACAACAGUCUUUUCUUCAACUAUCCUGGCAGUGUAGAUGGAAGUUAUGGCUUAUUUUACGCCGCCGUUGGUCUGUAUACUGGACCCCAGAUUGACAUUGAAUUCGAAAAUGGCACCAAAAAAGAAUAUCAGAAUCGGGCCUUUUUUCAUCUUGAUUUUGACGGAGUGAAAGAUGGUGACACGUUCUACGAGAAAUUUUGUAGCGGGGAUCUAGAGCAAGCUCCACUGCUGAAAAAGAGAGAAGUUGAGCUCCUAAAGCGGUCAGGCCCGGGGAGUCCGCGGCCACAGUUCCCAGAUCCGGUUGUCGAACUCAGCGACGGGACCAUCGCUGGUUACCAUCUGGGAGAUUCUGACCUAGCGGUCCUAUCUGUCAGCUCUUUCUUACCAACCGAGCUAGACAACGAUGUCAACUUGAAGUUUAGCACGAUUACAUCUAAAUUCCUCGAAGAAAGCAAAAAGAAAGGGAAAAAGAAAUUAAUCGUAGAUGUCACAUCCAACGGGGGUGGUGCCUUGUUUUUGGGGUUUGACUUGUUCAAGCAGCUGUUCCCGUCAGGGGAAAUAACUAGUGCGUUCAACCUUCGGGCCACAGAACAGGUUGACAUCAUCGGCAGAAAAGUCAAUCAGCUGCUCAAGGACCCAAGGACUAUGAGAGGCAAGGCGGCCGCUUAUGAGAGGAACAGCAUCUUUGAUCUUAAUACCUAUGUGGAUGUUGAGGGAGACAAAUUCAGCAACUGGGAUGAUUAUUUUGGACCCGUGACUCACAGCGAUUUCAACUUUACUCAUCUUGCACGCUGGGAUCUGGACAAUGAAGUCAUGUCAUUGAAAUCAAGCAGAUUUGUUGUUGCUGGCCAUGGAACCCGUUCAAAGCUGCCUUCUCAAGUUUUCGAGGCAGAUGAUAUCGUCUUACUCACAGAUGCGACUUGUGCAUCGACAUGCGCCGUAUUCGCGGACCUGCUGAAGAAAGAAGGUGUCAAGUCGAUUGUGACCGGUGGACGGCCGCGGGACGGACCCGUACAGGCAGUGGGUGGCGUUAAGGGCGCGCAGGUACUCACGUUCCAGCAAGUCUUCAGAUCUGCGGCACACGUUUUCGAACUCUAUUCAACGCCACAAGAGCAGCGACAGCUGGAAGACACAGACAUUGGCGAGAUUUAUCGGGAUGGGGCAUACGCCCUUGCUCGCACAGUCGGGGACGGGAAAGGUGGACGGAUCAACUAUCGGAACGCUAUUCAUGUCAACGAUAAGGAGCGUAUUCCGCGCCAAUUUGUGUAUGAACCCGCAGACUGCAGGAUCUGGCAUACCCCAGAAACCAUUUUGGACAUGACCGGCCUGUGGAUGACUGUCGCUAAUACAGCGUGGGGUAAAGGCGAGUGCUCGCGCGGUUCGUCACCGAGCGACUGA